CGCAUGUGCGCCGCGCUCCUACACUAACAGAAAGACGAGACGAGAAGUGUGGACAUGGCAGGGCUGAGGAUGAGAGCCGCGGCUGACCAGCUUCGGGUAUUGCUAUCCCACGGGGCCCGGCACAGCAGGUGUUCGGUGUGUGCCUAUAGUGCCGCCCCUCAACAGAAAAGUACCGGGGACCAGACCACCGCAGACAACGGUGCUGCCGAUCAGUCUUAUGCGGCGACAUCACUCGAGAGGAAGGCGCUCAAGCUCGAGGAGGAGGUUCGAGACUUAACAGAGAGUUACAAAAGAGCAGUAACAGAUUCGGAGAACGUUAGGAAAAGGACACAGAAGUUUGUGGAGGAUGCAAAACUCUUUGGUAUCCAGAGCUUCUGUCGGGACUUGGUGGAUGUGGCAGAUAUUUUGGAGCAGUCGGUGAACGAAACGCAGCAGAAAGGGAUGAAGGAUGCGUCAGAAAUCUUAUCUUUAGUGGAAAAGAAACUGCAAAGCAUAUUUACCAAACACGGACUACAUAAAAUGACCCCAGUGGGAGGACCGUAUGAUCCUUAUGACCAUGAAAUAGUCUCUCAUGUACCAGCAGAGGGCAGAAAGCCUGGCAGUGUGGCCACCAUACAGCAAGAUGGGUACAAACUACAUGGGCGAACCAUACGUCAUGCUCAUGUUGGAGUUGCAGUGGAAACGCAAGACAGUGACCAAAAUGUGGCCUGAUUCAAAUACCCUUUCUACAUCCCUCGGAAAGUUCCCCCUUAUUUAUUAUAAUUAGAGUUUAGUUUACUUGUUUGGUUUCUUUUUUUUACUUUACCUGGAGCCGUUACCCCGCUGCUGGAGUGCCUUAUCGUCACCUCCCAUUGGUGCAGUUCUCACACUGCUUUCUAGUCAUCUCUGGGAUCAAGGGACUGUCCCAUCUUGAUUUUAUUUAAUUUUAUGUUCACUAAAUAUUUAUGGCUAGAGUAUUUAUCCCGAGUUAUAUAGAAAAGCAAAAAGACAAAAAUGACUGAUUAGCUGGUAUCAGGUUAACACUCUUGCAUUCCUAUGGUAUUCAUUUAUUCUCAAGCAAUUUCUCUUUUAGUUGUUUUUUAUUAAAGGAAGUAUUACAAUUGAUGACUCCUAACUAUUAAGGUCCAUGCACGCGUCCGUAUGUGUUUGCGGAUCCGCAAAACAUGGACACCGGCAAUGUGCGUUCUCAUAGAAAAUGCCUUUUCUUGUCCGCACAUUCCGGCCCCAUUGAAAAUGGUGGGGUCCGCACCUGUUCUGCAAAAUUGUGGAACGGAUGCAGACCCAUUUUGCGGACGUGUGAAUGGACCCUAAGAUUGAUGGGUGUCCAACCAUUACCUGCAUUAGGCUCUGUUCACUGCUGUGUUGUGGCUUUCAUUUAUAUGGGAAGAUAGCUAUGUGCUGGCCAUCUGACCCCAUCAAAGUCUCCAUUAGUUCUACAUCAAACUAUAGCAUUUCUUGCAAUUCUUGAUGUCAAAAGUGAUGGAACCAACAUCUACAAUAGUUUGUAGUGGAUGGCACUCCUUGUGUAGCUGUCGGUGCUCAGUGGUAAUGAUCAGUAUGGAUAUGGGUAAAGACCACGGCACUUGUAUUUAAAGUGAUCAGAAAUGGUUCAUUUAUUGUCCAUCCCAAAAUUAAAUCUUAUAACACUGGCCAACGUUUCGGUCCACCAGGACCUUGUUCAUGGCCCUAGUACUGUGAAUCUGAGGCAUCGGAUGGACAAUAAAUGAACCAUUUCUGAUCACUUUAAACACGAGUGCCGUGGACUUUACCUAUAUCCAAAAGUAAUGGAACGACUGACAGACUCUCUGAAGGAAGACUUUGACCAGUGUGAACAUAGUCUAAUCGUGUUUCCGCAAUUUAUAGUUGUCUGCUGUACAGAUUUCAGUGACACACAGCCGCCACAAGGGGGCGUUAACUGAAGACAGACUUAUAGUAACUGCACAGGUUGUAGAAAUCUGUCCUCACUUUUCCCCCAUGUGGUCGCUGUGUGUUUCUGAAAUUGUGAUGUACAUAGAAGGGAAGACCUUUUACCUGGCAGCACCAUAGUGUUGCCACAGAUUUUUUUAGAUGCAGGCACACAUCUAUGCAGGUGAAAUGGGAACCAUUCAAGAGUUGGGUAAGAUUAUAUUUUCAGAUAUGUUGCUUAUCUCACCGUUCGCUGCCAUUAUAAUAGAUUUUGCCGCACUGUUUUAUGUACACUUUUUGGGAACCUUGGGGAAGAAUUCCAUGUGAUUUCUAGUUGAUAAGAGAAACUCCUGUUAUCAGCAGAGUGUGGCUGGAAUGCGUAUUACAGCCUGUAGUCUGUUGUUUGACUAGGAAUAUGCUGGGAGUUUCAUUCUGAUAAGGGAGCAUUCACACGACCGUGUUGGUUUUGCGGUCCGUAAAUCACGGAUCCGUGUGUUCCGUAUGUCUUCAGUUAUCUUUCCUUUUCCGUUCCGCAAGUCCGUAUAAUACGGACGUGGUGCUU